AUGGUCUACAAACAAUUGUUCCGACUAUGGAUGUGUAUCCUUGUGCAAUUCGUAUUCGUUAUACCAAGGCAGCAAAUGUUUCCAACCGAGUCCGGCAGUCGGCUGUUGCGGGGCGAGCUUAAAUACGAUAGCAACUGUGGCUUCUCUAAGAUGCAGACCUGGUUUCUAUUUAUGGUGUUGUUGCUGGCUGGUGCACACGGCGGUGGAGUUACUAAAACCGACGAAGAUGGUAUAUCACAGCCUUGGAGCGAAAAUUUCAAGGAGUUAGAAAAUUUGUACGGUAAAACGUCUGACAAAGAUUUGUACGGGGCAAAAUUGCCCCCUAGUGUCAGAUUUGACGCAGCUAAAAUUAAAUUAAAGGGUAAAGCAAGCGAAUUGGCUCAAGCAAGGCCCACGUACGCGUACAAUCAUAAUUAUGACGAUGUAUUUAACAGUCAAUUUAAGAAAUUAGAAAACCCUGAACACUCUACUAACUACAUCAGUUAUUCAAAUUUUCCAACCAACAACCAACCAACCAGUCCAACAGAAGUUUCUAACACCUACAAUUAUGUAAAGCAUUUGGGACAGACGGAUAAACAGAAUACAGAAUAUCCUACCCAAGAAUCCGGCGGAUUUAAACCAUACUUUAGUUAUGUUGGUAGAAAUCCUGAGGGAAGUGAUAUGCGUUUUUACACUUCAGAAACCAAUAAAGUCAGAGAAAGUGGAAGCAAAGAGAAGUUCGGAGAAAAUAGAAUUCGUGUCACAAACAAAGACAGAAGUAAAGUGAGACAAUUUAAAGGAAAUGCUUUAAUUUCACAUACGAAAUGCCGCGCGGGGGUUUGUAGAAAAAAAAUUACGGACUCUCAUCGGUUCCAUACGAAGCCCACCGUAAAGAAGAUCAAAAAAAUCGUUUAUACUUAUUGA